AUGUCCUCGAACGAUUCAAUGAACCAAGCAUCUCCAAUGAAAUCAUUCUGGAAAUCGAUCCGAGAAGAGAUCCGGCAAGUCCCCGCUCUGCAGUCUUCUCAGACACGCCAACGCAUAGCAAACGACGAGAAAGACCAUGAGCGCCAAUCUUCCAAGGCGGCCGAGAAGCAGCGCCGUGAAGACGAAUAUGAACGACUCAACCUCAAGGAGAAGGUGGUGCACGGACUGAGCCGCGUCAAAUGGAAUCCUGCAAACCAGGGUGCUGCAAGGAAGGUUCUCGAGAAGGACGCGAUAUUGGAAGCAGCCAUCGUGUCUCGCAUGGCAUCGGACGACAAAGACCGCUCUCAUUGA